AUGUCUGAAUUGUUCUGUGGAGCAUUGAAUGCUGCACCGACUACCUCACUGAACUUAUCAAGUGCCAAUCUACUAAGUUAUACAGACUGCGUAUCCCCAAAGCACAGGAGAUGGCUGGAAGAUAUAGCAUGGCACCCUGAGGGAAACAGCCUAUUCUCUUUAUACAGUGCUGAUGGCGGGGACUCUCAGAUAUCAAUCCUGAAUCCAAAUAAAAAAAGGGGUUGUGCAUUGAAGGAAAUGCGUGUAGGUUACUUAGAGGAGAAGCCUCACACAAAGGGUAUCAUCAACAUAGUUUUCAUGCCAUGGGAGAAUAUCUGUUUUGUUACUGGUGGCAGUGAUCACGCAAUAAUACUCUGGACUGAGAAAGAUGGAGAAAACUUGUGGAAACCAAAAGCGUUGCACAGGAGCAUGCAUUCAUCAGCAGUGAUGGGAGUUGCCGGGAUGCAGCAAAAGCAGAUUGUAUUGUCUGCUGGUGUAGACGAGAAUUAUUGGGCCUUAGCAACAGGAAGAGCAAACUAUAAACAUCAAAUCGAUAUCAAAUGCAUGAGUGUUUUACCUAAUCCGUGUGACUUCAAUCUAUUCAUGGUUCAAACUGGGACCCCGGAGAGGCAGCUUCGAUUGUUUGACAUAAGAUUGAGGCAGACGGAAAUCCACGCAUUUGGUUGGAAGCAAGAAAGUAGCGAAUCACAGUCCGCUCUGAUCAAUCAAGCAUGGUCUCCUGAUGGAUUAUACAUUACAUCUGGUUCGGUAGACCCUGUAAUUCACAUCUUCGAUAUCAGGUAUAAUGCUCAUAAACCUUCCCAGUCAGUCAAAGCACAUCAGAAACGAGUCUUUAAAGCUGUAUGGCAUCAGUCUCUCCUGUUAGGGAAAAUCGAUCGGCAGCGGCAGCAGAGCAAGGGGGGACGAUGGCGAGCAGCGAGCGACGACGGUGAGCAUCGAGUGACGAUAGCUAGCAGCGGCAGCGGUGGUGUGGCGUCUCAGAUACCUUUGCCGAUUCAACCCGUCCCUCCGAUUGAGCUAUUACGGUUUUGCCCCAAAACGAAAACCUGGCAACGCCGACUGAGAACUGGCUUUACUCGCAUUUUCUUAAAUUUGUUGUCGAGCUUCCACAGCCACACAGUUGACCUUAAGUGCUGGAAACCAGUAAUGUUCACUGCCUUGGUAAAAUUCUUCAUGAAGCACAGAAGACGAAGAAAUUCAGGUUUGAUUGGAAGUGUAAAACUGAUGGAUGAUGCUCUUCUGUCUAAAACUAGGAAUGGAAAUUCAUUUGCUUUCUCUGAUGGUUCCGGUAUUGUGAAUGAUAUGAUAGGAGGGAAACUUCAACUUGGUAAAAGAUGCAAGUUUGGAGCAAAAACAUUUAGUUUGCACUUUGCAGUCUCUAUGAUGCUUGCAAAUUAA